AUGGAAAAGAUUGAUGAUAAUAACUAUGUGUUGAAAAUCGAAAAGUGUGCUUUGGAUGACAGUGGAACUUAUUCGAUAACGGUCGAGGAGCAGCUCACGUUCCUUAAACCAUUAAAAGAUGUCGAAGUGGUAGAAGGUGAACAAGCGGAGCUUACAGUAGAAACAAAUGUUCAUCCACGAUCUGUGAAAUGGUAUAAGAAUGGACAAGAGGUGAAACCAGUUCCUGGACGAAUUGAAAUCAAGGAUAAUGUUGCCACAUUCAGACUUAUAUUUAAAAGAGCUGAGAAGGAUGAUGCUGCUAACUACAAGGUGGUUCUGUCGAACAGUGCAGGAGAACUGGAUUCAUCUGCUAAUCUUUCAGUCAGAAAACCGAAGGGGCAACCUAAAAUCAUCAAAGGAUUGGAGGAUCAGGUUAUUGCAAAAGGUGAUGCUCUGAUCCUGGAAAUCAAAGUGGAAGGCGAACCGACCGAAGUGCGAUGGCUCAAAAAUGAUGCUGCAUUGCCGAAAGAUGUUCAAGCCAAAAUUGAACAGAUCAAUGAAAAUACCGCUGAAGUGAUUAACGAAGCUGGCAAAGCUCAGACGAGCGGUAAUGUUGAAGUGGAUGUUAAGCCAGAAAUUGCCAAAGGCCUAGAAGAUGGUGAAAUUGAUGAGGGCGAUGAACAUCUGUUCAGAGUUGAAACAACCGUACCAGUGCGUCAAGUGAAGUGGUACAAAAAUGGGCAAGAAAUUAAAGCUUCGCCAAAGGCUACCAUGAAAGAAAUCAGUCCGAAGAAGUUCGAACUUAUCAUUGCAAAAGCAUCGCUUGAUGAUUCAGCUGCAUAUAAGGUUGUCCUGAGCAACAGAGCUGGUGAAUGUGAUUCAUCUGCGAACUUGACGGUUGUAAAGCCCAAUAUUCUGAAAAUAUUGGAAGGCCUGAAGGAUACGGAUGUGAAUGAAGGUGAACCGAUUCAGCUUAGUGUUAAGGUGGAAGGACAGCCUAAGACAGUGAAAUGGCUCAAGAAUGGCAAUGAAAUUACCCCUGAUGAUCAUAUUCAAAUCGUAAGUAACUAUCUUUAUCAAAUCCUCUUACCUCAACUCUAG